AUGAGAGUAUUCGAUACAUUGAAGGAGGAGAUGAAUCUGGGUCGGUUUGAUAAAUUACGUGGGAGAGGUGGGAAGGCCGACGAGUCGUUGGACAGUUUUGGAAGGGCGGUAGAAGAAUAUAGUAGCGGGAAAGAGGUUAAUGAGGAGGAGGACGACGAUGGUAUGAGUAAGUACUGGACGAUUGCGGCGGCUGGAGCAGGUUUAUUUUCUGAUGGGUAUGUGAACAACUCAGUUGGUUCAGUGAACACAUUAUUGGGUACGAUAUACGGAAGUGUGUAUACAAACUCUGCGGCUGCAUCGAAUGUGUCUUCGAUAGCUUUCGCAGGUACGGUGAUUGGUCAGUUACUAUUUGGUUACGUGGCUGACAAUAAUUCUCGUGAAGUUGGUAUGAUGGUGUCUACCGCGAUUUUGAUUGCCUUUACUAUUUUGUGUGCUUGUGCUUGGGGUACAACACCUAGUGCUAUGUUUACUGCUUUGACUAUUUACCGUAUGUUCCUGGGGAUAGGAAUUGGUGGUGAGUACCCGGCUGGAUCGGUAGCAUGUGCGGAAGCAAGUUCAAUUCUUGGCAAGGGGAGAAGAAACAGAUGGUUCAUUUUCUUUACUCAUACAAUGAUUGACUUAGGAUGCGUGAUCUCGGCUAUUGUUCCUUUCAUUAUACUUUGUUGUUAUGGCAAAGAUAAUCUCGCUCCCGUUUGGCGUAUUACCUUAGGUGUUGGUGCGAUUCCCCCUUGCCUCUUAUUUGUAUUGAGAUUGAAGUUUAAAGAGAGCCCGAGAUUUGCCAAAUAUAACAUGAAGCAUACAAGGUUCCCAUACAAGCUCAUUAUCCGAUUCUAUGGUGCUAGAUUGGCAUGUGUUUCGGUGAUGUGGUUCCUUUAUGAUUUCUCUUCCUAUGCUUUUGGUAUUUAUUUCACUGAGAUUUUGAACCUUCUCAUUCCGGAUGGCGACUUAAAAAGGACAUUUGGCUGGAAUAUUUUGCUCAACUUCUUCUACCUGCCAGGCUCCUUACUGGGAGCCUUUGCGGCUGACUACAUUGGCCCCAGACUAACAUGCAUUACCGGAGCUUUAUUGCAAGCUAUCAUUGGCUUUGUCAUGGCCGCUUGCUUCGACCAACUUCGCGGACAAAUCGCGGCCUUCGUUAUAAUUUAUGGUCUUUUCUUGACCUUGGGAGAAUUUGGACCGGGAGACCAAAUAGGCAUAUUCUGUUCGAAGUCAUGUGCCACUCCCAUUCGUGGACAGUAUUAUGGAGUCGCAGCCGCCGUGGGUAAGAUCGGUGCGUAUCUAGGAACCAAAUUCUUCCCUGUUAUUGUCGAACACGCAGGGGGCGCAGGCACUACAUCUGGUAAUCAGAUGCCUUUUUGGAUCGCAUCUUCCUUGUGUGUUGUUACCGCCUUUUUAGCGCUCUUCUAUGUACCUUCACUUACUCAAGACUCCAUGACCGAGGAAGACACCCAGUUCAUUCAAUACCUCAAAGACAACGGGUUUGACACGACUAAACUCGGCAACGUGACUCCCAUCUCAAGUACGACGCGACUCUUAAGCAGCCACUCGGCAGCCGCCUAG